CAUACCGAUAAAAUAUAUAUCACGGAGAUGCUCGUAUUAACGAUGAAUUAAUAUGAUGAAUGGUACAUGGUUCUUGCAAUUGGAUUAGUGAGAUGGGCCAUAUACUAACUGUCAAUUAUUUGCUAAUUAAGUUACACAGCUAGCCUAACCUAGUACUCCACGUUUUGUUGUUUGCCCUUGAAUUCGAUGUAAAGCUUAGAAUUAGUGUACAUUUCUAUAAAGAAAAUGACUGGAAGGAAGAAUUGGGCGGGCCCAUUGCCAGAAUCCUCUGGUUGAGCACGCUACGCAACCCAUCGGUUUUGAUCCAGUGAAGGCCCACAACUUGCCGCCGAAGUUUUUGGCGUUUUUCUAAUCAAUCUUUCUACUAAUUUCCAUGGUCCAUUAAAUUGUACCGUACCGGCAGUUCAACCACAAAAUACCAGUAUCAGAGGUUAAAUCGAUAGGCGGUAUUUAACGGUACCAACGGUUGAACUACGAUUAAACCACGAUUUUGCCAUAAAAUACCCUAUCGCUGACUUUUCCGGUACGGUUUCAUAGACCAUGCUAAUUUCAUUUUUUGGUGGGAUUUGUAUCUAGAUUAUUUACUGUACUUUUAUAUGUUGAGCAGAAUACUUGUGUUAAUCAAAGUAAAGAAAAGGAAAUAACAUGUGUUUGGAUCAUGUAUCUAUAAAAUGGCAAGAGCAAAAAAAAUACCAACUUUGAAUUUUUUUUUUUUUGUUGCUAAGAUUGAUAUAGGUCUAUUCUAUAAUAAUAAUUAGAUGUUAUUUAGUGAAUUCAAACCUGAGAUCUCCAGGUUGAAAUCCUUAUUCGCAAAAUUUGGAAUAUUGGCAAUAACGAAAUUGGAAUCUGACAACUCGUUACUGCCCCGAGAGAUGACUUGAAAUAGAAUACAGAAUCUCACACAUUAUUUUUUUCGUGUCGACUCUUUUGUUUAUUAUCUCCCUAGUUUUUAUUAUAAUGAGAUAAUCAAACUAGUUUUCUAGAACUGGUUAUUGGCCAAGAAACUAUACAAAUUCAUUAGUAAUUAUGUUGGAAAAUAAUUCAACGAGAAAAAAAAAUCAUUUUGGUAAGUAGACAUGCUAAUCAGUAAUUACUAAUCAGAUUUUCAGGCAGGCGAUUGGGAUAGCAUAAUCGACUAAUUACCAUAAAAUUGUGUUCGAAAUAAAGGCAAUUGACCCAACACCUGUGGAAAAGAAAAUUUCAACGCUCUGUCGUUUUCUUUCUACAUUAGUUUAUUAUCACCUUACUUUGUUCAUUACAAAAAUAUACAGAGUAAUAAUGGAAAUGGAGGGACGGGGAGUGGGCAGUAUAUAAAAGCCGUGGUGGCGGUGUUGGAUUGGAAGCGAAUGAGUGUCGGCUCUUGGGUUCUCUGCAUUGCUCCCUCCUCAGAACAAAACAAACAAAAAAAAAAACUCCAAUCAAACAAAAGAAGAAAGUAGACGUCCACAAGCUGCUUGCUUCCGAUCUCCUUCGAAAGAGGAAGGAACCAUACCAAAAGGCCGGCUCUGCAUUUCUCUUGUGCCCUCCUCUCGUCUCCUCCGCUUGCUGCUCAAUGCCACACAGCUACAUAGCUUGGCAAUCUUAAAGAAGAUAGAGCUCCCUCACUCUCUCCCACUGCUGCAACUCAACUGGGUUUCGUUUUGCCUUGCCAUUCGACUUCCCCUGUUGCAAGAUUCACUCUUUUCUUCUCAGUAGUCCAGGGUAAGGGUAAGGCCUUUCCAUCAACCCAAAUUGCUUCCUUUUCCUCUACUUGCAUUGCAUUGCCUUUUAUCUCUCCGGAAGGGAAUUCUGUUUCUCUUUUCUGCUUCCUUUGGGUGGGGGAGAAUUUUUCUUUUUGGUGUUGGUGAUGGGCACUGUUUAUUGAGCUGUGAGCAGCACCAGAAACAGAUGGGUUUUGGGUUGGGGGGAAAAAGUGGGGAGCUUUUUGGGGAUGUUUGGCAAUGGGAAUGUGAUUACAUUUGUCAACAAAAAGAAGAAGUGGAAAAAAAAGGACCCAUCAUGUGAUUUGGCCUGGCCAUUGGGUAUCUAAUGUCCAAAAGCUGCUUUGUUCCAAACAAUAUAAUCAUGGAUCCAUGAACACUUGGCUGACUAUGUUUUUUUUUAUUCUUUUGGGUGGGUUCUCUUGUGGUUACCACAAUUGAUUUCUCUUUUUGGGGUUCCAGCUCUUUGUAUUCUCUAGUUUUUUAAUGAUUAUUUCCCAGCUGAGAAUCGGUGGAAGCACAUUUAUGUUGUCAGUGGACUAUGUUUUCCUCCUUUGUUGUAAAGCACACAAAAUUAUAAAAAUAAGAAGAACAAAAAUGCUCCAUCCUCACACGAUUUGUUUAUCUUUCUUCUUCUUCUUCUUCUCAUCAUGUGCAGAAUGGCAGAGUCCAGAUUGCUAAGAGGCAAAUGUUUCCUUCUCUCUGUAUGUCUGGUUUUGCUGUCUUUGACCAGAACCGACGGCCUGUAUGCCCCAAUUACAUAUGUGACCAGUGGUGUAGCAAAAGGAGCUGUUUGCUUGGAUGGAAGCCCACCAGCAUACAAUUUCGACAAAGGGUAUGGAACGGGGAUUAAUAGUUGGUUAGUUCAACUUGAGGGAGGGGGUUGGUGCCACAAUGUCACCUCGUGUCUUGCUCGUAAGAACACGCGUCUUGGUUCGUCUAAGCAAAUGGGCAACCAGCUUGCUUUCUCAGGAAUCAUGAGCAAUAGGCGUCAAUUUAAUCCAGAUUUCUACAACUGGAACAGAGUGAAGGUUAGAUACUGUGAUGGGUCUUCUUUCACCGGCGAUGUAGAGAAAGUGAAUCCUGCUACUAACCUUCACUUCAGAGGAGCAAGGGUUUGGCUUGCUGUUAUGGAGGAACUCCUUGCUAAAGGGAUGAAAAACGCUGAAAAUGCUCUUCUGUCAGGCUGCUCAGCUGGCGGAUUGGCCACCAUUAUGCACUGCGACAGCUUCAGAGCUUUACUCCCUAUGGGUACUAAAGUAAAAUGCCUUUCAGAUGCUGGUUAUUUUAUCAAUGUGAAUGAUAUUGCUGGAGCGUCUCAUAUUCAAGCCUAUUUCAGCCAAGUAGUUUCAUUACAUGGAUCUGCAAAGAAUUUGCCUUUGUCAUGUACUGGUAGAUUGCGACCAUCACUGUGUUUCUUCCCUCAGAAUGUAAUACAGCAAGUUCGAACGCCAGUGUUUCUUCUGAAUGCUGCAUAUGAUUAUUGGCAGAUAAGGAACAUCUUGGCACCUGCUGAUGCAGAUCCACAUGGCUCCUGGAAUGCCUGCAAGCUUGAAAUAAGCAGCUGCUCACCUCUUCAGAUCAAAACAAUGCAAGCAUUCAGGAUGCAGCUCUUGAAGACAUUAAUGUCCAAAUCAGGCAAUUCUACAUCUAGGGGCCUAUACAUAGACUCCUGUUACUCACAUUGCCAAACAGAGUUUCAGGCAACCUGGUACAUGGCUGACUCUCCUGUUCUCGGCAAGACGAAAAUAGCAACAGCAGUGGGAGGAUGGUUUUAUGACAGGAGAUCAUUCGCGAAGAUCGAUUGUCCUUACCCUUGCAAUCCAACUUGCCACAAUACAGGCGGCGGCGGUGGAACGGCUCCAGUGCAGCCAAAUGUAUAGCUUUUUUUCAAUCUCCAAAAUUCCUUGAGUUCAACUUCAAUAUCAUUCAACAAGCUAUAUAAUAGGGUAGGGUAGAGCUACAAUAAUGAGAAAGUAUUUACAUUCAGAGUAGUAGUAGGAGAUAGAACUUAGAAGAUAGAAGAAGACCAUAGCUAGCAUCAUUGCAUUUGAUUGAUUGAUUAUUACAAAGCACAGGAGAAUGAAUUGGAUUGGAUUAGAUUAGAUUAGAUUGGAAGAAAUGGAAAAAUAAGGAAAGGUCAUAAUUGAAUGCAUCCAUCAAGACAUUGUGGUGCAAAUAUGGCCUUUGGAAAUCUAUUCAUUUCUACAUCCACAGCUGUAUCAAUGUAUUCUUUAUAGCAGUUCUUCAUCAGCAGUCUAUUCAUGAUAAUCCAAAAUUCUUUGUAACACAUUCCAUAUAAGACAAUUCAAGUACCACAUCGGCAAUACAUUUUGGAGAGGACACUGAAAAGUAAAUUCGGAUUCAAAAA